GUUAGAAUGGCAACUUGUGACGUUGUGCUGCUAAAAACGGCUCCAGCUCCCUUCAGCUCUUUGUUUUAACAAUGUCCUCCAGUGAAAGAAAUUCAAAGGACAUUUGAUCACACAAGCCUUGGAAUUAUUUCAAGGAAACUAACCCGGAAACUGACCGACGGUACCCUUUUAUUCUGGACAUAUGCACCUUGGAACAGCUAGGAGAUGAGCACUUCUCUGAAUUACAAGUCCUUUUCCAAAGAGCAGCAAACCAUGGAUAACCUGGAGAAACAACUUAUUUGUCCCAUCUGUUUAGAGAUGUUUACUAAACCUGUGGUCAUCCUUCCCUGUCAGCAUAACCUGUGUAGAAAAUGUGCCAGCGAUAUUUUCCAGGCCUCUAACCCAUAUCUGCCAACCAGAGGAGGCACCACUAUGGCAUCAGGUGGUCGAUUUCGCUGUCCCUCCUGCAGACAUGAAGUGGUUCUGGACAGACAUGGUGUGUAUGGACUUCAAAGGAACCUAUUAGUGGAAAAUAUCAUUGACAUAUACAAGCAGGAGUCCACCAGACCUGAAAGAAAAUCUGAGCAGCCAAUGUGUGAAGAGCAUGAGGAUGAGAAAAUUAAUAUCUAUUGUUUAAACUGUGAAAUACCCACAUGUUCAAUGUGCAAAGUUUUUGGUGCUCAUAAAGACUGUCAAGUUGCUCCUCUCAAAAACGUUUAUCAGCGACAAAAGUCUGAACUCAGUGAUGGCAUUGCAGUGCUUGUGGGCAGUAAUGACAGAGUGCAAGGAAUAGUAGGUCAACUGGAGGAGACCUGCAGGACAGUAGAGGAAUGCUGCAGAAGACAAAAAGAGCAACUGUGUGAAAAAUUUGAUUAUCUGUAUGCAAUACUGGAAGAAAGGAAAAAUGAGAUGACACAAAUAAUCACUAGAAACCAAGAGGAGAAACUGGAACAUGUCCGCUCCCUGAUGAAAAAGUAUGCAGAUCACUUGGAGACAGUGUCUAAGCUAGUUGAAUCAGGAAUCCAGUUCAUGGAAGAGCCAGAAAUGGCAGUGUUUUUGCAGAAUGUCAAAGCAUUGCUACAAAAAAUUACUGAAGCAUCUAACGCAUUUCAGAUGGAAAAAAUAGAGCCUGGCUAUGAAAAUAUGAGCCAUUUCACAGUCAACCUCAAUAGAGAAGAAAAGAUAAUAAGAGAAAUUGACUUUUACAGAGAUCUGCAGUGAAAGUAUUCUUAAAAUGAAC